AUGUAUUUUAAUAUUAAUUAAACAUCAUCAUCUCGCUUGGAUAAUUCUGGUUUAAGACUUAAACUCUCAAAGUAAUAUGAAUAACAUACUAUUCCUCCUGUUGAGAAUUAAAAAAGCACUCUAAAUAAAUUAAACUAAACUUAAAGUUUAAGUACACUUAUUAGAGAUAAAAAAUCCUCUAUUUCCAGAUAGAUUUCUUAGAAUAAUCCAUUUAUUAAUACAAGUGUUAGAACUAAUACGCCUAAAUCUACUCAUCCAUCAUAUUAGGUAAUCUACUUAUAUAUAAAUAAGGGUUACUUUUUUGCCAAAUCAAAAGAGUAAAAUAGGGUACAACUAACCUAAUUAAUUAGCAAAACCUUACAAUAAAGUUAUAGUAAGACAAACAAUAGCUUAAUUAAGGAUAAUUCUUUUAGAUUAACAAACAAAUCUAAGACUGAUAGAAAAUAUAAUUUACUGUCUCUAGAUCAGAAUAAAUAUAUACAAAAACCUAAAACAGAGAAAGUAGCAACUAUUGAUAGAAUUUAAACCAAUAGCAAUCAAAUUCUUAAUUAAAAACAACCAUUAAAUAUUCAUUUGAGUUUAGAUGACUUUGUUACUUAAGUUAAGGUACCAAAUUCCUCAAAGAGCAAUUAAUAUAUAUCUCCAUUUAAAUAAACAAAAUCACUUUCACCAAAAAAUAGAAUUUUAUCUACUACAAGAAGUAAUAUAAGAAUCUAUUUUAGAAAAUAUUUAUUAUGUUAGCUCUAUGAUAGAAGCUGUCAACGGAGCAUAUGAUUCUCUCAGUUAGUUAUAUAGAGACCAUGCCUUAUAAACAUAUAAUAGCAUAGGUUUCUGCUUAAAUUAAACAGAACCGAUUAUUAGUAGUAUCCAAAAGAAAAUAGUAAAUUUACCACAAAAAAAUAGCAAAUGUAGUUUUUUGAUACGAUUUAGUUCAUAAAACUGUGGUAUUUGAUCUUGAUGAAACUCUAAUUCAUUGUAACGAAAAUUAGAAUAUAAAAUCUGAUGUUUAUUUACCAAUUACAUUUCCUUCUGGUGACACAGUUUCAGCAGGAAUCAAUAUUAGACCUUGGGCUAAAUAGAUUUUAAAUCAAUUAUCAGAAGUUUGUGAAGUUGUAGUAUUUACAGCUUCACAUUAAUGUUAUGCUUCUUAAGUGAUUCAAUUUCUUGAUCAUAAGAAAAUCUUAAGUGCCCAAUUAUUUAGAGAGAGUUGCAUUGUGACUAAUGAUGGAGUGCAUAUUAAAGAUCUUAGAGUAUUAGGUAGAGAUAUGAAAGAUAUUGUUUUGAUUGAUAAUGCAGCAUAUAGCUUUGGGUAUCAUAUUGAGAAUGGAAUUCCAAUAAUUCCAUUUUAUGAUAAUAAGGAUGAUAAGGAAUUAAAGUUAUUAUAUGAUUUUUUAAUCUCUGAUGUUUUACCUGCUUAUGAUUGUAGGAAAAUACUUGAAGAAACUUUCAAAUUGAGAGAGUUUCAGAAUUAUAAUAGUCCUAAAGUAGCAAUUGAAAAAUUAUAUUGUUGA